AUGGGGAUCACCGGUGCAUUCAUGAAUUAUAUGAAUAGGAUCUUCAGACCCUAUUUGGAUAAGUUCGUAGUGGUGUUUAUAGAUGACAUUCUCAUAUACUCACAAAACGAAGAGGAACGCCAUGAGCACCUUAAAAUAGUGUUGCAAGCAUUGAGAAAGCACAAGCUUUAUGCUAAAUUGAGCAAGUGCGAGUUUUGGCUCAAGGAAGUGAAGUUUUUGGGGUAUGUUGUUUCAGCUGAAAGGGUUGCAGUGGACCCUACAAAAGUUGAUGCAGUUCUUAAGUGGAAACAACUGAAGUCAGUGACUGAAGUGAGAAGUUUCCUAGGUUUGGCUAGAUACUAUAGGAGGUUCGUACAAGGAUUCUCUUAG